UGAGAUUUCAGAUAUAUUUCGGACUUCAUUCGAAUCAGUCGCACGAACAACUUAGAGCAGUCGCUCAGUUUAGUAUAGUUUACCAUAUUCUCUGUACACAAAAAGAUACAAUUAUGUGUAUCUUAAAGAUUGUUUUGAUUUACGCUAUUGUAUCGCUGAAUAACGUUUACCUAGUUAGUUCGAGAAUUCAAUUAAAACAACCAGAAGAAAUCAAAGUGGAACGUAUUCCGAAUGGUCCACCAUGUAUUCUGGAUAUUAACAAAGACCUUGCCGAUCCCCAGCCUUUGCAUCUUCAUCCUGGCUCAACAGUCUUCUGGCCAGUUCGUGAUAAAGGUCAUCUAGAAAUCCCCCGUGGAGAGAGUGUAGAACUGCAAUGCACAAAAGGUUUUCGAUUAAAACCCACUGAUAAAUCUAUCAAUGCAACUUGUUCCGAAGACAAGAGCUUCCUAGUGAACAAUGAAAAAGUACCUUUUCAGUUGCUCAAUUGUACAUCACCGGUGAGAUACACAGUUCGUGAGGCCAAUUCCACAUGCGCCGAUAAUGCAAGACUCUACGAAAUCGGUUUCGAUGUCACUUCGAAUCGAUUUAUCAAGACAAUCAGCGUUUGUCAUGAUAAAUCGAGAGUUAAUACUCUGUGGACAUUCAAUAAGCUCGAACCGGCAAAUGUUCACUUUCAGAAAUCCGUACAACGCUUAAACUUCAGCAAGGCAGGCUACUUUGAAAAACGUAACAUGAAUCGUUUGUAUUCGAAGGAGAACCAGAAGCAAGUCUUUGAGAAUCUUCUCGGGAGCAAUUAUGUGAAAUUCUUCAACAAUCGCACUCAGUUUCUGUCUCGGGGUCAUAUCUCACCGAAGGCCGAUCAUAUCUAUGGAUCCCAACAGAGGGCGACAUUCAAUUUCUUCAAUGCCGCACCACAAUGGCAGAUUUUUAACGCUGGCACCUGGAGUGCGGUGGAAAAUGGAAUUCGACGAUUAGUCGCUAGCAAAAAUACUGAGUUGGAUUGUUACAGUGGAACAUGGGGAGUUAUUUCACUGCCAAAUUCAAAAGGUGAACCGAGGGAAAUUUAUUUGGCUACGGAUGCGAAUAAUAAUGGAGAGAUUCCGGUGCCGAAAUUGUUCUAUAAAUUGAUUGUUGAUACAAGAUCAACACCACAGAAAGGUGUUGUGUUGAUUGGAGUGAAUAAUCCUUAUGUGACAAUGGAGGAGCUCAAAGAGGACUAUCUGAUAUGCAAUGAUGUGAGUGAGUGGGUGCCUUGGAUUCGGUGGAAGCGGGAUAAUAUCGCUAAGGGAUAUUUCUUUGCUUGUAGAGUUGAUGAUUUUAUACGAGUUGUGGAUGAAUUGCCAAAGAGUUUGAAAAACGUUCACGAACUUUUAGUGUAGAUAAUUUUAAGUUUUCUUGUUUUAUGUAGACGGAGAGUGUGUGAGAAAUUUACUGUGGAAUAAAUCUCUCUUUUUGUGAUGUUCAAAUAUUUAUU